AUGAACAUCAACGGCCCUUCCCCGAAAGGCUUGACCGAAACACACCACCGUUACUUCUUCUUGCAAACUGCCUCUGAAGGACUGGCUCAGAACGAAUCCGAUUCGGAAAGCCUUGCUGAGGAGGCCCAGUACCAGUGGGAAUUGCAGGAACGAAUCCGUCAAACUCAAGAAAGCGUCAGCCGGGCCUACGGAGAAGAGGCAGAGGACAGCAUGGAGCAGGAUAGUCUGGAAGACACGCACCUGAGCGAAGAAGAGUCCGAUGGAGAAGAAACCCAGAGGUUGAGCGAGGACCAGGGUGGAAGAGGAAAUCGAGAAAAUGAAAGCGCUCAGGAAGGCGUCGUGGACAAGUACUCCGAGCUGCGCUAUAAUCCAAACUGGAAAGACAGUCCAGGAGGAAGAAGCUUUCUCAAGUUAGAGGAUUCCCAUCGGGAAGAACUGGAAAACUUCAGCUUGACUUCCCUCGAUCUGGCCUGCUCUCCUUCCCAGGACGGGAUGCUCUCCAAACGCUCCCCAUUGCAGGAAAGUCCUCAACAUGUCUCAUCAGCAGGUGCUGGAGAACUCUGGAACCCUUCCAGUGAUGGACCUGGAGAUGGUAGAGACAGAACUUCCAGUCUGGAGAAGAAAGGAAGAAAAGCAGGCUUUGUCCAUCACUAUGACAGCAAUGACAGUUUGGCCAGCUCCGGCUGCAGGGUCCGGUUCAAGGAACCAAAACCGAGGCCCGAAAAAGACUUCAUCGAGAAAAACAAAUACACGCUGGGAUUAGCAGCCCAGCCGAACAAUUCCUACCUUCGGCUCCAUGGCAAAAACCAGAGAGGAGAAAGCUCUGAAGAGAAGGCUCACCAGUCUGCGAGGUGUCCGGCGGGUGGCGUGGACUCCAGCCAAGCUGCCUGGCUGAAAAUAACCCCCUCCAGCAAGGGUUCCACCCGACAUCCCUUAGGAUCCCAGGUGGAACUAAGAAGCCAGCCAAGCGGUGGUAACGCCAGUGAAAGCAGCCCGUUCUCUGCCCGAGCUCCAUACCUUCUUCAGCACCAUGCCAAGCAACACGCCACGAAUGUAACCUUUGCUGGGAAGCCUCUUCAGCGGAGUUCCUACCACAACUUUCCAGGGUUUCCUUCACCAUGUGCGGGUGAAAAGUGCCAAGCCGGCCUUGAAAACGUCUCUGGAUUCCAUCACCCGUACUUCUACAGGUGUACUGUUUCGGAGCCUCAUGGCCAAUGCGGGAAUCCCUUAGAGGACAAGUGCCUUUCGUACGCUCACAACGGUGGCCAGAAAAAGCCGGUAAACGGAGCCGUUGCAUCUCGCAAACCUUGGCACGUUUAUACAGAAGAGAUCCCUAACAACUAUGCUUUUGAUUACUCAGGGUCCUCACAGCCACUCGCUCCUCACCCGGUGAAGAGAAGCCUCUCACCAACGGCGCAGCUCAUCCAGGCAGCAGAACGGCACCAUCGAGAAAUCUCUCAGCUGGCAAAUGACCAUCUUGCUAGGAAUCAUUUGGCUAGCAUGUUUCCCCCCAUAAUCCAGAGAGGGGAGAGCGACUCACAGCUCCACCUGGAGAGCGGCGAAGAGGCCCAGCCCGUUCUCAGCCGCAGCAAUUCGGAGGGCUACUUGCUUCAGAUGGAAAAGCAAAAAGAAAGGAAAGGAAAGAAAGAGAACCGGAAGGGCUCUAGGGCAAAAGGUUACACGAAGAUGGAUGUGAAUCUUGGAGGCCUGGGACCUGACUAUGAAACCAUCAAAGAAAAAUCAGAAAAGAUAAAACACCAAAAAGUAUAUGCCAAGCAAGUAAAUGAACAGAAUCUGAAGAAUAUGUCAAGCGCGCGGAAACCUCAGUCGAAAACGGAGAACAAAUCAAACGUGUCAAGGCAAAAGGCCCUGGAAUAUGCCAAGACAAUUCCCAAGCCUCGGCUUUUUGUCUCGAGAUCGUCGGAGCAAGAGACCAAAGAGGAGAAAAACCUGGCACGGACUUUAAACGGAGAGAACCUCCCUCCCAUUUCCUCUCUGGAGUCCCUGCAAAAUAGGCACGAGAAGGAGAAGCGGGUGGUGGCUGCAUUCAAAACGCUCCAUAUUGUCUGAUGGGGCCGUUGCCAUCGACCUCCGCUGGUCUGCCGCGCUCUUCCUGCUCCCCCCGUUUUCUUCUUGCCGUGU